AGAUAGUCAAAAAUUCAAAAAACAACAAACACACGUGUUCACAGUUUCUUUCGUGGUUUUGACUUUAAUUUUGAUCGAAUUUAUGUUUUUGCUCGACAGCCUCAUUUCAUCAGUUUCCUAUCAGUAAAGAUGGGAACACUCAUCAAUGUGAAAGAAGUAUUCAAACCUGACAAGGUCCAUGAAGCCUUCUUUACUGGAGGAAAUGUUGCAUGGACUAAAGAUGGUCAGGAGCUUCUAUGUCAGUGUACUGCGGUUGUUAAAGUUCUCAAUGUAGAGACCGGCAAAGUUACAACAACUGUUCCAAAAUUGUCUGAAGAAGAGGCUGCAAACGAGGAAGAUGCAGACACAAUUUUAACAUUUACGCUUAGUGAGGAUGACAAAUUCAUUGUUACCGCCCAUAAAAGUAGUCUUCUAAAAUUGUGGAAUUGGAAAGAGGAGAAGUUAGAAAAAGUUUGGAAAAGUAUCCAUAAAGGUCCUGUCAUCAAACUAGCUUUCAAUUCCGAUGGGAGCGUUCUGGCAAGUGGAGGAAGUGAUACAAGCAUCAAGAUAUGGAACAUGAAGUUUCAAUCCUGCACCAACAGUCUGAAAGGCUUGCAAGGCGUAACAAGUGUUCUAUGUUUCUACGAUUCACCGAGCGGUGCCAAGAAAGUCAUCGGUGCUGCUGAUGACCCAGAAAUUCAUAUUUGGGACCUAGGAUUUGACGAUUCAGUUGUCAAUUUAAAGGGUCAUUUCAGUAAAGUGACAGGCGUUGUUGUCUGUAAGGAGACCAAUCAGUUAAUAAGUUGUAGUCGUGAUAAAGUUAUGAUUGUUUGGGACUUGAAAUCAUAUACUCAAAUUCUAACAAUACCAGUUUACGAAAGCUUAGAGGCACUCCUUCUUUUACCGAAGAAAUUAAUGUUACAAGAUUCAAAAAAGUCCUCGGGUGUUCACAUUGGAUAUGGUGGAGAAAAAGGGCUUUUCAAGGUCAGAAAUGUGAGUAAAAAUACAGAGGUGUUCUCUGACUCCAAGGAGACUGCCACUCCUAUUAGUCAAUUACUGUUCAAUCAGGCAACGGACAUGGUUGCUGUAGUCUCUGCAGACCAAAAUAUAACGUUGCGUAAAAUCGGAGAGUCCUUUGAAACAUACAAACAGUAUGUUGGAUUUUGCGAUGAAAUUUUAGAUGUAGCUUUUAUCGGUAACGAUUCUCACAUAGUGGUGGCAACCAAUAGUCCGGACGUGAAAGUGUACAAUGUUGAAACUUUUCAUUGCCAGCUUAUGCAUGGUCACACAGAUACUGUGUUAACGGUGUGCGCUACUACUGCCAACCGAAAUUUAUUCGCAUCCAGCAGUAAGGACAAGAGCGUACGAGUGUGGUACAUGUUUAGCAGCGAGAACAUUCAGUGCGUUUGCGUCGGUUCACGUCACACGGACUCUGUGAGCACUAUCGCUCUUAGUCGUCUGCCGAAGUCCAAGGAUGUGUUUUUAGUUUCUGCCGGUGUAGAUAUGUGUAUCAAAGUUUGGUCUCUGCCAAGGAAAUUCAAACCAGAGGAUGAUCAGCAAAUUCUCAAUGUGAAACUAACAGAAUUAGCUCAUCAGAAGGAAAUCAACUCCGUCUCCAUAUCUCCAAACGAUAAAAUUAUUGCUUCUGCCUCUCAAGAUAAAACUGCAAAGCUCUGGUCUGCAGAUAAACUGAGUCUUAUUGGCGUUCUGAAAGGUCACCGUCGAGGAAUAUGGCACGUUUGCUUCUCUACAGAUGAUCAGGUUGUUGCAACCUCAUCUGCCGACGCUACAAUUAAACUCUGGGCCAUUUCUGAUCUCAGUUGCGUUAAGACUCUAGAAAGUCAUGACUCAUCAGUUAUGAAGUGUAUUUUCAUCAAUCGAGGAACUCAGAUAGCCAGUAUAGGAGGAGACGGUCUUUUAAAAUUGUGGCUUGUCAAGUCAGGAGAGUGCAUCGGCACAUUUGACAAACAUUCGUCCAAAAUUUGGGCUUUAGCUGCCAAAGAAGAUGGGGAGCAACUACUAACUGGAGGUUCUGACUCAAGACUUGUGGAAUGGAAUGACCAUACAGAAGAGGCCAAACGUGAAGCUGCCGAACGGUUGCAUGAAAAAAUUGCUCAAGAGCAGCAGCUGGCCAACUUGAUUCAGUCAAAUCAUUUACUUCCUGCCUUACAAUUGGCUUUAUCUUUAGAACGGCCUCUCCAAGUUUUAAAAAUUAUUGAAAAGGUGUUCCCCAAAGGAAAGGAUCAUCUUCAAUCUACAGUCGAGAUGCUAACUGACGAUGAGAAGCUUUCGUUACUUAAAUGUGCCGUAGCUUGGAAUACAAACAGUAAAAAUGCUUAUGCUGCUCAGCUAAUAAUUUCAAUUCUUCUGGACGAAGUUGGGAAAGAGAAGUUAGCACUGCCGCAAUCCACUUUAGAAGGUCUUCUUCCCUACACGGAGAGGCAUUUCAAGAGGAUAGACCAACUGACCAUGCAACUUAACCUUCUUCAAUAUACAAUCAACCUAAUGCAACCUCAUGCAAAAGAAGAACCUUGAGUAGACUGUAAGGAAGAUAAGAGGAAAUUUUAUUAUGUCUUGUUGGAAGCUUAAAAGAAAUUGAUACGGCAGUGUCAUCGUUUAAUUUUUGAUACAAACAAUCUGUUUUUAGAAUGAUGAUUUUGAAUAAAUGUUAUCAUUAUUUAUUCAA